CACACAGGGGCCAACCCCGUCCCCCCUGAGUCUUGUCCCUGUCCCUGUUCCAGGUGACCUCCGCAUCAUGCACACCGUGAUGGCCUCUGUGCGCCUCAGCUACGGGGAGGACCUGCAGGUGGACUGGGAUGGCCGCGGGAUGCUACUGGUGAAGCUCUCCCCCGUGUUCGCGGGGCGCACGUGCGGUCUGUGCGGCAAUUACAACGGCAACCGCGGCGACGACUUCCUGACGCCCGCCGGCCUGGUGGAGCCGCUGGUGGAGGACUUUGGCAACGCCUGGAAGCUGCACGCGGACUGCGAAGACCUGCCCCGGCAGCCCAUCGACCCCUGCGCGCUCAAUCCGCGCCAGACCAGGUUCGCCGAGGAGGCCUGUGCGCUCCUGACGUCCGCCAGGUUCGAAGCCUGCCACGCGGCCGUGGGCCCCCAGCCCUACCUACGCAACUGCCGCUUCGACGUGUGCUCCUGUGCCGACGGCCGGGACUGCGUAUGCGACGCGGUGGCCAGCUACGCCGCGGCGUGUGCGCGCAAAGGCGUGAGCAUCGGCUGGCGGGAGCCCGGCUUUUGCGCCCUGAACUGCCCGGCCGGCCAGGUGUACCUGCAAUGCGGGAGCCUCUGCAACAGGACCUGCCGCUCCCUCUCGUACCCGGACGAGGAGUGUGUUGAGGAGUGCCUGGAGGGCUGCUUCUGCCCGCCUGGGCUCUACCUGGACGAAGGCGGCGAGUGUGUGCCCAAGGCCCAGUGUCCCUGCUACUACGACGGUGAGAUCUUCCAGCCCGAAGACGUCUUCUCGGACCAUCACACCAUGUGCUACUGUGAGGACGGCUUCAUGCACUGCAGCACGAGUGGCAGCCCGGGAAGCCUGGUACCUGAUGUGAUCUUCAGCAGCCCCCUGGCUCACCGCAGCAAAAGGAGCUUGUCGUGCCGGCCGCCCAUGGUCAAGCUGGUGUGUCCUGCCGACAACCCGCGGGCGGAAGGGCUGGAGUGUGCCAAGACCUGCCAGAACUAUGAUCUGGAGUGCAUGAGUGCCGGCUGCGUCUCGGGCUGUCUGUGCCCCCCAGGCAUGGUCCGGCAUGAAAAUAGGUGUGUGGCCCUGGAGAACUGUCCCUGCUUCCACCAGGGCCAAGAGUUUGCCCCGGGACAGACAGUGAAGGUGGAUUGCAACACGUGUGUCUGUCGCGACCGGAAGUGGAACUGCACACAGCACGUGUGUGACGCCACCUGCUCGGCCAUUGGCAUGGCCCACUACCUGACGUUCGACGGGCUCAAGUACCUCUUCCCUGGGGAGUGCCAGUACGUCCUGGUGCAGGAUUAUUGUGGCGGCAACCCGGGCACCUUCCGCAUCCUGGUGGGGAACGAGGGGUGCAGCUACCCCUCCUUGAAGUGCAAGAAGCGGGUGACCAUCCUGGUGGACGGAGGAGAGGUUGAGCUGCUGGACGGGGAGGUGACCGUGAAGAGGCCUCUGAAGGAUGAGACGCAUUUCGAUGUGGUGGAGUCCGGUCGCUACAUCAUCCUGCUGCUGGGCCCGGCCCUCUCCGUGCUCUGGGACCAUCACCUGGGCAUCUCUGUGGCCCUGAAACAGACGUACCAGGAGCGGGUGUGUGGACUGUGUGGGAACUUCGAUGGUGUCCAGAACAACGACUUCACCAGCAGCAGCCUGCAGGUGGAGGAGAACCCCGUGGACUUCGGCAACUCCUGGAAGGUGAACCCCCAGUGCGCCGACACCAGGAAGGUGCCCCUGGACAUGGCUCCCGCCACCUGCCGUGACAACCUCCUGAAGCAGACGAUGGUGGACUCAUCCUGCAGGAUCCUCACCAGCGACAUCUUCCGAGAGUGCAAUAAGCUGGUGGACCCUGAACCUUUCCUGGAUGUCUGCAUCUACGACAGCUGCUCCUGUGAGUCUGUUGGGGACUGUGCCUGCUUCUGUGAUGCCGUGGCUGCCUACGCCCACCUGUGUGCCCAGCAUGGCCAGGUGGUGACCUGGAGGACGGCCACCUUGUGUCCCCAGAGCUGCGAGGAGCGGAACCACCGGGAGAGCGGCUAUGAGUGUGAGUGGCGUUACGACAGCUGUGGCCCUGCCUGCCCCGUCACCUGCCAACACCCCGAGCCUCUGGUGUGCCCCGUGCAGUGUGUGGAGGGCUGCCACGCCCACUGUCCUCCAGGGAAGGUCCUGGAUGAGCUCCUGCAGACCUGUGUGAGCCCUGAGGACUGUCCGGUGUGUGAGGUGGCCGGCCGGCGCUUAGCCCCAGGGAAGAGAAUCACGCUGAACCCUGAUGACCCGCAGCAGUGCCAGAUUUGCCACUGCGAGGGCGUCAACCUCACCUGUGAAGCCUGCGGAGUCCCCGGGGGCCUGGAGGUGCCCCCCACGGAGAGCCCGCCCAGCGUCACCACCCCCUACCUGGAGGACACCCCCGAGCCGCCCCUGCACGACUUCUUCUGCAGCAAGCUGCUGGACCUGGUCUUCCUGCUGGACGGCUCCUCCAAGCUGUCGGAGGCCGAGUUCCAGGUGCUGAAGGCCUUCGUGGUGGGCACCAUGGAGCGGCUGCACAUCUCGCAGAAGCGGAUCCGCGUGGCCCUGGUGGAGUACCACGACGGCUCCCACGCCUACCUGGACCUGCGCGCCCGCAAGCGGCCGUCGGAGCUGCGCCGCAUCGCCGGCCAGGUGCGCUACGCGGGCAGCGAGGUGGCCUCCAUCAGCGAGGUGCUCAAGUACACGCUCUUCCAGAUCUUCGGCAAGGUGGACCGGCCGGACGCCGCGCGCGUGGCGCUGCUGCUCACGGCCAGCCAGGAGCCCCCGCGCCUGGCCCGCAACCUGGUGCGCUACGUGCAGGGCCUGAAGAAGAAGAAGGUGGUCGUCCUCCCCGUGGCCAUCGGGCCGCACGUCAGCCUCAAGCAGAUCCGCCUCAUCGAGAAGCAGGCGCCCGAGAACCAGGCCUUCGUGCUGAGCAGCGUGGACGAGCUGGAGCGACGCAGGGACGAGAUCGUCGCGCGCCUCUGCGACCUGGCGCCCCCGCCGCCCGCGCCCACCCAGCCGGCGCCGCCCCUCGCCCGAGUCACGGCCGCUCCCGAGCUCCUCCACGGACCGCCCACCCUGGCCCCCGCGCGGAGGCAGCCCAGGGCCCUGGACGUGGUGUUCGUCCUCGAGGGCUCGGACGAGGUCGGGGAGGCCAACUUCAACCGGAGCCGGGAGUUCGUGGAGGAGGUCAUCGAGCGCAUGGACGUGGCCCGGGACGCCGUGCACGUCACCGUGCUGCAGUUCGCCCUGGCGGUCACCCCCGAGUACACCUUCCGCCAGGCCCAGGCCAAGGAGGACGUGCUGCGGCAGGUGCGCGAGAUCCGCUACCGGGGCGGCAACAGGACCAACACCGGCCAGGCCCUGCGCUACCUGUCCGAGCACAGCUUCUCGGCCGGCGAGGGCGACCGCCAGCAGGCGCCCAACCUGGUCUACAUGGUGACCGGGAGCCCCGCGUCCGACGAGAUCCAGCGCAUGCCCGGGGACAUCCAGCUGGUGCCCAUCGGCGUGGGCCCGCAGGCCGACGUGCGGGAGCUGGAGCGCCUGGGCUGGCCCUACGCGCCCAUCCUCAUCCACGACUUCGAGACGCUGCCCCGGGAGGCGCCCGACCUGGUGCUGCAGAGCUGCUGCUCGGAGGACGGGCUGCUGCGUCUCCCCACCCUCGCCCCAGCCCCAGACUGCAGCCAACCCCUGGACGUGAUCCUCCUCCUGGACGGCUCCUCCGGCUCUCCAGCCUCCUACUUCGACCAAAUGAAGAGCUUCGCCAAGGCUUUCAUCUCAGGAGCCAACCUCGGGCCUCAUCUCACCCAGGUGUCAGUGCUCCAGUACGGCAGCAUCACCACCAUUGACGUGCCCUGGACGGUGGCCCAGGAGAAGACCCACUUACUGAGCCUCGUGGACCUCAUGCAGCGGGAGGGAGGCCCCAGCCAGAUCGGGGAUGCUCUGGGCUUUGCCGUGCGGUAUCUCACCUCGGACAUCCACGGAGCCAGGCCUGCUGCCUCCAAGGCCGUGGUCAUCCUGGUCACCGACGUCUCUACCGAUUUGGUAGACUCUGCAGCUUCGGCUGCCAGAUCCAAUCGAGUGACCGUGUACCCUAUCGGAGUUGGGCACCGCUAUGACCCAGCCCAGUUGAGGACCUUGGUGGGCCCAGAGUCUGUCUCCAAUGUGGUCCAAGUCCAGAGGAUUGAAGAUCUCCCCGCUGUGGCCGCCCCGGGCGGUUCCUUCCUCCGCAAACUGUGUUCUGGGUUCAUUCGCGUUUGCGUGGAUGAAGACGGGAAUGAGAAGAGGCCUGGAGACGUCUGGACCCUGCCCGAUCAGUGCCACACGGUGACCUGCCUACCCGACGGCCAGACCUUGCUGCAGAGUCACCGAGUCAACUGUGACCGGGGGCCCCGGCCUUCGUGCCCCAACAGCCAGGCCCCCAUCAGGGUGGAGGAGACCUGUGGCUGCCGCUGGGCCUGCCCCUGUGUGUGCAGUGGGAGCUCCACGCGGCACCUCAUCACCUUCGAUGGGCAGAACUUCCAGCUGACCGGCAGCUGCUCCUACGUUCUCUUCCAAAACCGGGAGCAGGACCUGGAGGUGGUGCUCCACAAUGGAGCCUGCGGCCCUGGGCUGGGGCAGGCCUGCAUGAAGUCUCUGGAGCUGAAGCACGAUGGCCUCUCGGUGGAACUGCACAGUGACAUGGAGGUGACGGUGAACGGGAGAGUGGUCCCCGUCCCUUACGUGGGGGGAGACAUGGAGAUCGGCAUCUAUGGCGCCAUCAUGCACGAGGUCAGAUUCAACCGCCUCGGCCACAUCUUCACCUUCACGCCCCAUAACAAUGAGUUCCAGCUGCAGCUCAGCCCCAAGACCUUCGCCUCCAAGAUGCUCGGUCUCUGCGGUGUCUGUGAUGAGAACGGGGCCAGUGACUUCAUGCUAAGGGACGGCACGGUCACAACCGACUGGAACAGGCUCGUCGCGGACUGGACAGUGCAGCAGCCGGGACAGACAUGCCAGCCUGUGCCCCAGGAGCACUGCCCCGCGGCCAGCAGUGCCCGCUGCCAGGUCCUGCUCUCAGCGCUGUUCGCUGAGUGCCAUCCCGUCCUCGCUCCCACCACCUUCUUCGACAUCUGCCAGCAGGCCAGCUGCCACGAGGAGCAGGUGUGCGAGGCCGUCGCCUCCUAUGCCCACCUCUGCCGCACCAGCGGGGUCUGCGUGGACUGGCGGACCCCUGACUUCUGUGCCCUGACCUGCCCGCCAUCCCUGGUGUACCAUCACUGUGAGCGCGGCUGUCCCCGGCACUGUGAUGGGAACGCAAACGCGAGCGUGUGUGCGGACCACCCGUCUGAAGGAUGCUUCUGCCCGGAGCACCACGCUCUGCUGGACGGCACCUGCGUCCCGGAGGAGGCCUGCGGCCAGUGUGUGGGCGAAGACGGGACGCGGCACCAGUUCCUGGAAACCUGGAUCCCGGACCAGCAGCCCUGCCAGCUCUGCACAUGCCUGGAGGGGCGGAGAGUGAACUGCUCCUCGCAGCCCUGCCCCACAGCCCGCGUUCCCACUUGUGGCCCUUGUGAAGUGGCCCGCCUGCAUCAGGGCUCAGGCCAGUGCUGCCCGGAGUAUGAGUGUG